AUGAGAAUAUUAUCGUCGUCUUCGUCGUCACUCUUCGGUCCAUCUCGUGCCAUCCGUUCCGGCAUAGUAAAUCAGCAGUUGGCCAUGGAUCCUGAGCUACUCACUCCUCCGCCGCCGCUGGUAUUGCAAUUGUUGGAAGAAGGAUUGCUUAAUCGCUUAUCAAAUCUAUAA